CUUUUUUUGGAGGGGAAAUUUUAUCAGAUUUUAUGAAUACACGAUUAGAACUGAUAAAAUAAAACAAUUUUAUAGAAUUUUGUUGGUAUACCCAGCAAAUCGCUUAUCUAUCUAUUUAACGAGUGAAAAACAUUGAACUGAGCGACAUGUAGAAUAUACUCGCAUAUAUAUAAGUAAUCGUACUAUCUACUGCUGUACAGCAUGACGAUACCACGAAUGUUUUUACAGUCGGUUAAGUUGAAUUAUUAGUAAUUUGCUGACAUGAAUUCGUUUUAAGAAAAAGACAUAAAUUAUCCAAAUUAUUAUUGGAUUAAUUGUAAUCCCUGAGUGCUUUGGAUUUUGUAUAAGGGGGUAAGAUUUAGAAAAAUAUAAAUAAAGAGGUUAACAUUUUUUAACGAACGUGUCACACUACUUUAGACAUUCACGAUGGUAUUAAGAGUAAUUUUCAAGUUAAAUUAAUAAUUAUUGUUAAUAGAGUGUUUUUAAUAUAAUUAAUCCUGGCGCCUAAACAAAAUGCUUCCACUACAUUCGCACAAGGAUUCAUGCAAUGUUGGCAGUCGUAUCAAGGAGAAGCUUCUUGGUUGGAAGCGUUUAAUUUUUUCUGACAAAAAUACCAGAAACUUAUUUUUGCUUCUGAUUUUAAAUUUAUCUUUUGCUUUCGUUGAAUUAUCAUAUGGAAUAUGGACAAACAGUUUGGGCCUAAUCUCAGAUAGUUUUCAUAUGUUUUUUGAUUGUACUGGUUUGUUAUUUGGUUUGGCAGCAUCAGUUAUUACAAAAUGGAGAGCCAAUGACCGAUACUCAUAUGGUUAUGUACGUGCAGAAGUAUUGGGUGGAUUUGUUAAUGGAUUACUAUUAUUGUUCGUUGCGCUCUUUAUAAUGUCUGAAGCUGUCGAAAGAGCUAUCGAGCCACCUGAGAUAAAACACGAAAGACUCUUUGCUGUUUCUGUGAUGGGACUCUUAGUGAAUUUAAUAGGAAUCUAUGCAUUUCAACAUGGACAUGGACACGGCCAUGGUGGUCAUGGUCAUUCGCAUUCUCAUAGUAGCGGGCAUGACCAUUCUCAUUUGAAUCAUAAUCAUAGUCACAAUCAUCAUGAUAUUGAAAUAGAUGCAACAUUUAGUAGUAAUAAUUCUCAAAUUAUGAAAGGAGUUUUUCUACACAUACUAGCAGAUACUUUGGGAUCUGUAGGAGUAAUUAUAUCAGCUAUCUUAAUGCAAAUGUUUGGUUGGAUGAUAGCUGAUCCUAUUUGUUCCAUGGUCAUUGCAAUAUUGAUAGUGUUAAGUGUACUCUCAUUAAUGAAAGAAUCUUGGGAGAUUCUUAUGCAAAGACAACCUCCAGCUUUGGAUCAUGUUUUACCACAAUGCUACAAUAAAGUGACCCAAUUGGCUGGAGUUUAUAGUGUACAAGAACCACAUUUCUGGACACUUUGUUCUGAUGUUUAUGUUGGUUGUAUAAAACUGGAAGUAGCACGAACUGUAGAUCCAAAGUAUGUGGUUGCGCAUACUCAAAUGAUUUUUCAAGCAGCCGGUGUGAGGCAACUAACGGUGCAAUUGGAUUAUGCACCCAUGUGAUCUAUUAGAAAUAUAUGUGUCGUAAAGUGUUCUUAUAAAUGCUCCAGAAGUGUAUUCAUUUAUGGAGUUUGUCAAAAAGGCGCAAGAAAUACAGCAUUUACGCAAAUUAUUUUUGCGAUUUUGAGUCUGUGCGGUUGUUUAGUUUUAAAUAGAGGCGAAUAUCAAUUACAGUUACAAAUUAUUUUAAAAUUAUAAAUAUAUAUCAUUUGAAAAUUGUCAGCCAUUGGAGCUAUCAGUAUAGGACCUUUCAGUCCUAAGCUCUGAACUAUUGUUUUCUAAUAUUUUGAGUAUGGCGUUUUAUAGAAAGUAUAUAAAUUCAAAUAAUGUUGCAUUUAAAUAUAUGUUGAUAAACUUCUAACUUUUAUGCUUUUGAAUCAAUACGUAUAGAUAUUUCUUUAGAUUUUCCUAUGGUAAAAAUAUAAUGUUCUAGUAAUCUAUAUCUAUUGAUUAGAGAAAAUUUAUAGAUAGAGGAUUAUCAUUUUCAAAUAUUUAAUGUAAUAAUUAAAUUUUCAUUUUUAUAUAUUUAUUUAGAUAUGUUCAUUUUCA